AUGAAAGCAGUAGGUUCUGCAGUUGGAUCAAAAGUAGGAAGCUCAGUAGCUUCCUCUUUCUUACCUAAAUCCGAAUUAAUGAUCAAAGCUGGAAAGUAUGCUGGUAUUGCAACUGGUUGCCUGUUGGUUGCUUUAGGUAUUUUAAUUAUAUUCUUUAGUCAUUGGAUUGUUGGACCAAUCUCUAUUGCAUUGGGUGGAUUCAUGCUGAUAUUGGAAAUUGGCACAUUCAUUUUGGUGAGAGUCAAGUUUUUGGCAAUGGUUUUCGACUACAAGAUUCGUGGUCCCAUUUACAUAUUGUUUUGUAUACCACCAUUCUUCACAGUGUACACCAUUGCACCAGCACUUGGAUGUAUCAUCACCGGUGGUAUCUAUGCUGUUCUCGGUUGGAUAAAGAAUGAAUCCGCUGCCUAUCCAGAGGCUAUGCCACAACGUGAUGCCGAAGAGGCUCGUGGUGCAAAGAAAUCGUCGCUCUCAUCUCAAGGUGAAGCUCCAGGUCAAGAUACUGGAAGACCAAAAUCUGGUUUCUUUGGAAAAUAA